AUGACGUAUACAAUCAUGACGCCGUCUUAUUUCUCUGACAAGGUCACCCCUUCUUGUCUUCGUCGCCGCGCCUUGGACUCCUUCAAACGGAACCUCCCUGACGACGGAGAGAAAGCCUACCAGAGGAUACUGGUCCGUGCCGACCUUGGAACUAUUUUACACAAACGCGAUCAAAACGCUCAUAUAAUCAAUGCCGUUGAACAGUCAACUUUCAUGUCUUCAGGUCGAGAUGUCAACGCACCUAUUGAUCUCUUCUUUGCCGAAUAUGAACGAAUCAUGAACGCUUCCGAAGAAGAAGCAGAUACCAUUCUCAUCGACAUCGAUAAAUGCAAGGAACUCUCAAGGACUCAACAAGAGCGAGUCGAAUUUUUUGAUAACGCGUCAAAGCGCGAGCUUCUGGGAGAGGCGCCUUGGAAAGCUGUACCAAUGAAGCUAAGACAGGCAACUUCAACGAUGGCAAAUACCCUGCCCUUUGCCAUUGACAUGCCCAUCAACGACCCUCUCAAGGCGGUUGUAUCCGACUGCUCCGGUGAUGUCUGA